AUGGCCUCCAGAAUCAUUACCAGAGCGGCCUCCCCAAUGAUGGGCGAGAUUUUGGAGCACAAUGCCCUGUCCAUCUUAAAGAUGCCCGGCGGUCCAGCGGUGGCAUUCUUGAUGAAAUACAGAAAUGCGCCUGUCUACUCCCUCACAUCUCGAGCAUGGCUCGACGGCAACACCUGUUUCCAUCCAUUGGCACCCGUCUUUCAAGAACGCUUUGCCAAGCGAACAGACACCUUCUGGUGGUAUACCAUAACGUACAAGAGCGUGCGGGCGCCUAGGGUAAUACGGAGUCAUAUGAACAGGAAGAUGAGACAUGCCUUCACCGAGUCGUUGAGGAAGAAAGGAUACGGGCCUGAUGGGAGCAGAUUGCCUGGUGCAGAGGCGCAACCACCAUUGACGGGCACGGCGCAUAUUUCACCUUUGGAGGCUCUGCUAAAGACGAAGAUGGAGGAUCUGAUAUUACAGACAGAUAGAGCUGUUGAGGGCAUGCUAAGGAGAAGGACUCAUCAAGUUGGUCCAUUGAGGCCCAACAAACCAAACGAAAAUUCGGUGAAGAAGGCAGAGAGGGACAAGGCUUUAUCCUUGCCGCUUGACCAAUCACAACGCCAGCCAACCCUAGCUCGAGGUCGAGUUCGUGUCUCUCUAUCGCGAAUUAUUGCAACACCUCUUUCAACCACCAAAUCGCUCACAAUAGAACCCACAAAGAUGCUGAUCUCAUUGACUGUCGGAAAAGUCGAUGCUGGAGUCGCAGUACUACUGACCCAAGAUAAAAGACUCAUCGAAUUCCCCUCGAUCCUCUUGCCACCCCAUAUUUCCUCUGGCAGUAUAGUGGACAUCACCGUCUCUCGAAACCUCAACUCCGAGACCAAAUCUCAAGCAGCUUUCCUCGCCCUCCAAGAUUCAAUCUACUCCUCCUUCGGCGCCGAGGAGCCGGCCACCCCCAAGCUCAGCUGUAGAAAUGCUACCCAGACCUCUGUCGUCCUCGAAUGGGCGCCCCUCGAGGUCGCAACCGCCGACAUCAUAUCCCUUUCCCUUUUCCGCAAUGGACAGAAGGCAGGCAACAUCCCGAGGCCCACCGAGAACCAUAGCACAAAGAUCAGUGGAUUGGCCAUUGACACGGAAUACACGUUUCAUCUAGUGCUGAGGACGAGUGCUGGCACAUACAGCAGCGAGAAGGUAGUCGUCAAGACACACAAGAUGACAGAUCUAAGCGGAAUCACUGUUACCCCUGGUAUCCUGCCUGCGCAGCUGAGAGAUAGCCUUACGAAAGCCGUGGAGAGGAUAGGAGCCAAGAUCGCGGAUACCGUCCGCAUUGAUACAACACAUUUUGUCACUACAGAGGGAAGGGGCAUGCUGUGGGAGAAGGCGGUCGAGACGAAUAUCCCUGUGGUCAGACCGGAGUGGAUUGAGGGGUGUGAGAGGGGAGGCAGGAUCGUGGGUGUCAGACAAUACUAUCUUGAUGCGGACCCGAGACAACGUCAAAUUGCCCAGCCAGAGCUAGCACCUCCAACAUCUCCUGAGCUGAAGAAGGAAUCUCCACUACCUAGUCCACCUGCUACCAAUGGAUCUAGCCAAGCUGUUUCACCUUCACCUCCCACCAAGGACCCGGCGAAGAAAGAAGGUGGUAGUGAUGAGGAUGGGGAAGGAGAGAGCAAAGAGGACAAGUCAGCCGCGCAACACGAGCAGAAAGUCAGAGUCGAAGACCGCGAUCAACAUAAAGUUGCCCUUCGGCCCGCGGCGCUGGCUUCACCAUCAGACUCAGAGGAAAGCGGCCGCAAGUUAAAGGAGCCGGCUGAGGAUGGAGGAUCGGGGUCACAGACGCCUGGAAAUUCGAGUUUCCAAGAUGUCCAGCUGCAGCCAGCCGCCGCUAAACCAAAGCUUGAAGAUCUACAUGCCUGUAGAUCCUUGAGUAGUUCAAAUUCCAAUGCUAUCAAAAUUCCGGACGGAUCAGAGACUGACCGCAAACCAGACGAGAGCGACAUCAUCCGCGCAGCAGAAGACGCCAAAACCAUGUUUCCCUCCUCCUCCCACCAUCUCCACAUGGCGUUCUCUAUUCCAGGCAUCUUGUACCCAGAGAAGUCCCCCUCGCAACUCGAGCACGAGAAUCUCACCCGCACCUUUGCCAUCAACACCGUCGGCCCCCUGCUCCUCGCCAAACACUUCACGCCUUUCUUACCCAAGAAGUCCACCUCCCUACCCUCGCCCUCCGAAUGCUCAGAUCUCGGCAUCCCGGCCCAGGCGGUCUGGCUUAAUAUGUCGGCACGCGUGGGCUCGACCUCCGACAACGCGCUCGGAGGGUGGUAUUCGUACCGCGCGUCGAAGGCGGCGAUCAACAGCAUGAUUGAGGCCUAUCCACCCCCAGUUACCCCACGGGGUCUCCGCGAUGCCCUCGGGCAAUCGCCUACCAGAGCUGGAGAGAUGACACGGGGCAGCCUUCUGACGGCCUUACAGGAGCGUGUCACGGCUGCGGAUACAGAUGCGGCACACACGCGCGUCUCGAUGUCCACCAAGAAGAGCCGCGGGUGGUAA